AGUGCGUUCCUUUGGAUUGUGAAAUGGCUGGAAACAAGACGAGUCGUUGCUGUCCCUCUAACAUUUUCACUUAUUUUUCAUCUUUUCUGUAUCAAUUUGCUUAAAAUCGGCAUACCGAAGCAAUCAUGGCGAUUUAAGAUAUCUCAGUCGGCGGAAAAUCCUUCGUGAGGGUUGUGAAUUGUUUAUAAAAAUUCGCCGAACUGUUUGAUUACGACAUCAUUCGUAACGUUAUUGUGUGUGCAAUCAAUAAUUAUCAAGGAGUGCGAGAUCCGACCGGUUUGAAUACAUCGAGUUCAGCCGCAUCUCUUGGGUAGGCAGUAUAGCAGACUUGGCUUCGCUGUACUCAGCCGAAGAAAUUUCCCCAUCGUGAACGAGUGCCCGUGGAUAACACAUCAUGUCAAAAGCUACGAAACGCAAGCAUGUGACGAGAGAGGUUCUGGAAGAUUAUAUUUUGCCAGAGGAAAAUCAACAGAUUUUGAAGAUUCUUGGAGGAAGAGGAAACAAUCUUCAUGAAGCCCAGACAUCUGAAGGAGAUAAAUUCCUUAUCAGUAUGCCUACCAGGUUUAGGAAGAAUGUCUGGAUCAAAAGGGGUGACUUUGUGCUAGCUGAUCCUAUAGCAGAAGGUGACAAGGUGAAGGCAGAGAUUGUUGCUAUCCUUUAUCCUAAGCAGAUUAAAUACAUCAAGCAAGAACGACUAUGGCCUCAAGGUUUUGACACAAGAGCCAAUGAGAGCAGGCAUCAGAAUCCUGAAGACACUGAAGCCAAUGUGGAUGUCCUGACCAACCAACUCAACGAUGCCUCCCUUACUGAUGUCCAGGUAGAAUGCAAGGAUAACAAGACCAUGAAGGAACAAGAGGAAGAGGAGGAUGAGGAGGAUUAUAGCAGUGAAGACAAUGAUGAGGACCUAUUCGUCAACACAAACAGACCGACCGUCACAUUUUAUUACUCGGACAGUUCAGAAGAAGAGGAGGAAGAGGAGGAGGAGCACAAUCAAGAUGGCACAGAUGAUGAUCAUAGUGCUGACCGAUGAAGAAUGCCAGUGAUUGGUAUAGAUCUGUGAAAUGAUUUACACAGAAGAAGAACUGACUGUUCUCUCGAGAAUGGACUAUUGAAAACUACGAUGUAGAGGUCUUGCAUCAUUCCCUCAGUUUGUACUUAUGUAGUUUACGCAUGUACUUGCCUAUGAAUCACAAGCAAAGUACAGAAUCCUUCCAAGAAAAUUUGGAAUAAGGUAGCAAAAUUCAUGCUUUACAUUUGCACAGUGUGCUCUCAUAAGUUUCAUUUCAUGAUUUUGUCGAUGACUCUUUUCAUUUUCAAGUGCAUUUGCUGGCCUAGGGUAAACAUUUAUUUUAAGUCCAUGUUUAGCAGGAAUGAGGUUGGAAAAACAUGCUUGUUUCUGAGCUGACAGGCAAUAUUGGGGAUGUGUUAGGCACCCCACCCAUUUCUGUUUUCAAUUCCUUCACAAGUUACAGUUUGUAAAAUAUGGACAUUGCACAGCACAGCUGCCCCCACCCCCUCCCCCUACCUCUUUCAAACUUGUAGAUCCAUUACUGAUACAAAGAGUGUACCUACAUGUAUUAAGAACAAAAGCUAGGAGUCUUUUCCCCUCUUAAGCAAUGCCUUUACUUGACUAUUUAUUUCAACAAUUUCUUCAAUUUAGAUGGCAUAUCUAUCGUUACAUAUCAUGUUUUCUGCUAGGUGAAAGUGAUUAUUCAUAUAUUUAUGAAAAAGAUUUGUCUAAUUUUGACAUGCUGGUAUGUGAUCAAAGUAUGUGAACAAUGCAAAUAAAUGAUACAAAGAAAAGAUGAGCUCAA